AUGAUAGUCGCAACCCUUUCCCCUCGCGGGGAUCUGGAUCGCUCGGAUCGCUCCUGUGUGCGGCGGGUGAUCACACUAGUGAUCACACUGCUGCCCGCCUGCGGCUGGGUCGCAUCAGUGAUCACACUGCUGCCCGCCUGCGGACGCAGAGUCAUCAGACGUGGGCGGGACCGGGGCUGGGCGGAACUCGGGCGGGACAAGGGCGGGACAUGGCGGGACGUGGGCGGGACAUGGCGGGACAUGGGCGGGACAUGGCGGGACAUGGGCGGGACAUGGCGGGACAUUGGCGGGACAUGGGCGGGACACGGGCGGGACAUGGGCGGGACAUGGCGGGACACGGGCGGGACAUGGGCGGGACAUGGGCGGGACAUGGCGGGACACGGGCGGGACAUGGCGGGACACGGCGGGACAUGGCGGGACACGGGCGGGACAUGGCGGGACACGGGCGGGACAUGGCGGGACAUGGGCGGGACAUGGCGGGACAUUGGCGGGACAUGGGCGGGACACGGGCGGGACAUGGGCGGGACAUGGCGGGACACGGGCGGGACAUGGGCGGGACAUGGGCGGGACAUGGCGGGACACGGGCGGGACAUGGCGGGACACGGCGGGACAUGGCGGGACACGGGCGGGACAUGGCGGGACACGGGCGGGACAUGGCGGGACAUGGGCGGGACAUGGCGGGACAUUGGCGGGACAUGGGCGGGACACCCAAAACGGCCCCAGACACCCUCGGGCCCCGCCCCGGACACCUUUCCCGGGCCCCGCCCCGGACAUCCCGGACACAACCCCGCACAUCCCGGACACGACCCCGGACAUCCCGGACACGACCCCGGACAUCCCGGACACGACCCCGACACGACCCCGGACACCCCGAACACGAGACCCCCAAACAGGUGCUAA